AUGAGCGCUGAAGAAUUUCUGGCCAAUGUCGAGAGCGGCAUCGUGCCUGUGACCUGCCAUGAGGAUGUCUUGCGGAUCGCGUUUCUCUAUUUGGAUGAGGGACUGUGGAACGACAACGGGGUGUUCAAUGUAGUGGAGAAGCUGCACGCACAUGGUUGGUCCUUUGGUGAGGGCGAGUUACGAUUUAACCGAACACUGGACAUAUUCUACCUCGCACAACUAGCAGCAGCCAUCUACCGCUACACUUCCCAACUAGAAGGGGACUUCCCCUGCCUCUCCGAUUUCCCAACCUUCUACACAGUCCACCACGCCCUGCUCCAUUCCUCUGCCUGGUGCUCCUACUACUCCCCCCACUUCCUCGCUCAGCGCACCACAGCACACUUAUACCGCCCGCCUAACCUCCAGGACCUGCCCGAAUCCUCCUCCCCGUUGGGCCAGCCGCGCCGUAGGCCGGUAUCCGCGUGUAUCCUAAAACUGCCCCGCUGGGCAUACACUGUUUUGCGCACGUCGUACAGGCAGCCUUUUCUGUCCUUUGAAACUCUUACUGCUAUAGCCCUACGUACACUGGAGACGACUAUGACACGCUUGCAUGAGAUCUACCCUAGCGCACCGCCUUAUUCGGAAUCACAUGCGCGGUUCUGGCUUGAGUAUUUUACGCCUGGGUCGUCUCAGUUGGCUAAGAUAUCUUCCUCGGGAACGUGGGGGCCUAAUAGGUUUGGGAUAUUGGUUGCGCAGGGGAUGUAUGAUUUACAUAGUUUAGAGGCGGAGUAUCUCGCACAAUCGGGGGGAUGGGGUGAGGGGGUCGGUGAGGAGGAGAAGGCGAUGUGGUGCGGGUUGCCUGAUGGAGGGAUUCAAGUUUACGCGUCGUGGAGGGGAUGGGAGGAAGAGGCUGGGAGUGAGGAGGUGGAGUUUCUGGCUGCUGUUGCGGUGGAAGAGACGGUUGGUCUCGGAAAUGAAGGGAUAGAACUUGAAAUGGAUGGCUUGGACUUGUCGAUCCGGUCACAUAUACUGCUGUCGGUCAUGCAGGCUGCGGUCAAGGAUGGGGAGGAGAGGGAAUGUUUUCUAGGCGAGCUGGAGAGACGGAUGGUGCAGAAGGGGAGAAUUGGAGAGAAUAGAGCAGGGAUGUGGGUCAAGGAGGCCAUGGGAAUCAUGGAUCCGUAUGUACGCACAUGGCAGGGUGUGUGGCCUGGUGUAGAUGCGAGGGGGGAGAUGCUGCGGCGGAUCUUGGUGGAGAAUGCGCAGCUCUUUGCACGUUGGAGGGUGUCGCCUCUCUUGAGGCAGUUCACUUUUGAGCUAGAGCCGAGGGAGUAA